GGUAUGGAAUGGAUGAGGCACCAAAUUGUAGAUGGUACGAGAUGGAAAAGCAUGAAAUAUAUUGCUUAAUUGAAAAUGUUGAAAUAAGUAGCAAUUCUUUAAGUAGCGAAUUAACUAAUAGCGAAAUAAGCAAUCUUCAAUGGAAGACUCUUCAACAGAUAAUAAUGAAGAUGACAAUGAUGCAUUUUUCUUUCCAUUAAUAAAGUAUUUAACUUCUGGACAUAAAAGACAAAAAGUGAAAAAUUAUUUAGAAAUUGUAGCAUCAUGGACAAAUUCGGAAUUUAAAGAGCAUUUGAGAUUAUCAAGAAGAGCAACCUAUAAACUAAUUGAUGAACUUCAACAAUCUCCAUAUAUUCCAAAUCAUUCAUUUGGAAUGAAACCAAUCUCAGCAGAAUUAAGUUUCAUAAUAUUUUUAUGGUUUUUAUCCAAUACAGAGCCAUUAAGAACUAUUGCAGAUCGCUUUGAUAUUUCUAUAUCUUCUGUAUUCCGAGUGAUUCAGCGUGUACUAUCUUGGAUUUUAACCAAAAUAAAUAUCAUUAAAUGGCCACAAGGUAACGAAAUCGAAACUAUAUGUGAUCAAUUUUUUUUAAAAAGAGGAAUUUCAAAAGUGUUGGGAGCAAUUGAUUGCACCCAUAUAUGUAUCAAAAAACCUACUGAAAAUGAAAGUGAUUAUUAUAAUCGGAAAAAAUUUUUUUCUAUAAACUUACAAGCCGUGGUUGAUCCUCAAAUGUGAUUCACAAAUAUAUAUUGUGGCGAACCGGGAUCUUUACAUGACGCUCGCGUUUUAAGAAGAUCUCCUCUUUAUAAUACAGCAAAUGAUAAUAGGGAAAUGUUAUUUCCUGAAAAUACUUUUAUAAUUGGUGAUUCAGCAUACCCAUCAUUACCAUGGCUUGUGCCACCAUUUCGCGACAAUGGACACUUAACACCGCAGGAAAAAGAAUUUAAUACUAUGCUAUCAUCAACAAGAAUAAAAGUUGAGCAAACAUUUGCUUAUUUAAAAGGAAGAUUCCGUCGAUUAAAAUUUUUUACGGAAUAUAAACAUAUUAAUUUUGUGACUGAUAUU